AGUUCCCUCCAUUGUUUGCGCGGAUCAAUCCUUCUUCCGCUACUCUCUGCACCUCAUUUUGCCUCCCUUUACUAAAAAUCACCUUAUUUUCACUAUUCUCAUCCUUUGUUUCAUAUCCUCAUCUGAUUCAUUUGCUUCUUUUGUUCCAAUUGUGUCUUUAUUCUUGUUUGGCACCUAGGAUCAUGGAGGCACUGCAAAGUCAAAGCAGCAGCAUUAUAGGGGUGCACGGCAUGCCAGGCUUGGGGAAGACGAUGCUGGCCAAAGAAGUUCAAAGAAAAGCAGAGCAAGACAAGCUGUUCGAUGCGGUAGUUAUGGCUCUUGUUACAAGGAAUGUAGACUUGAAAAAGAUUCAAGUUGAAAUUGCCCGUGGCUUGGGUCUGGAUCAGCUUCCUAAUGGAAUUACAACUCAGGAUGCGGCUGAACGUAUUAAAGAAAGGCUGAAGAAAAUGAAGAAAGUUUUAAUCAUUUUGGAUGAUAUUUGGGUGCCUGGAAUAGAUUUGGAGGAGCUUGGAAUUCCUCUUAGAAACGAGCCAAAAGAGAUUGAGGGGAGCUCGUCAAGAGAAGAAGGUGUAGAAUGCAAAAUUCUGAUGACAUCCAGAGAUUCUGAUGUUUUAUCAGAUCUGAUGGAUUCUCCACUGAACUUCUCACUUCAUCAAUUAGAAUCUGGAGAAGCAUGGGAGUUGCUUAAAAAGGCAGUUGGUGACAGAGCAGAGAGUGAGGAGCUACACGGUACGGCCAUUGAGAUUGUCCGGGAAUGUGGGGGCUUGCCCCUUGCAAUUACAACAAUUGCAAAGGCUUUGAAAAAUAAGAAGCCUUUUGAAUGGAGGGAUGCUUUGAGAAAACUAAGAAAGCCCUCUUCAGAAAACUUUGAUGGCAUAUCUGCAAAUGUUUAUUCUGCUAUUGAGGUCAGUUACUCUAGUUUGGAAAGUGAGAAGCUCAAGAAAACAUUUUUGCUUUGCUGCCUACUGGGUCACAAGGCCUCAAUUGAAGACUUGUUGACGUAUGGUGUAGGCUUAGGCUUAUUUGCUAACACCAUAGAGGAAGCACGAGAUGAAGUGUUUACUUUGAUAAGCAAGCUCAGAGCCUCUUCUUUGCUUAUUGAUGAUUAUGACAAUGAUAGUUUUGAUAUGCAUGACCUUAUCCAUGAUGUGGCUGUAUCAAUUACAAGUAGGGAUCGUCAUGGGUUGCUGCUAACAGGGGAUCAUGUACCAAGGGAGUGGUCAGACAUGGAGACAAGGAAAGAUUUCAAAUGGAUUUGUCUGCGAUCUUCUAAUGUUGAUGGGUUACCUGAAGAGUUAGAAAGCCGCUGUCUUACUCUCUUUUUGUUGGAGAAUAAAAAUCCUUCUCUGCAAAUUCCAGCAAACUUUUUCAAGGGAAUGCCAAGACUCAAGGUAUUGGAUUUGACUUGCAUGCAUAUGUCAUCCCUGCCUUCAUCAAUUUGCCUCUUGCAGAACCUCCAUACAUUAUGUUUGGAUCGAAGCGUGUUGAGGGACAUACGUGUUAUUGGAGAGUUGAAGAAUUUAGAAAUUCUUAGCCUUUUCAGAUCUGAUUUUGAAGAGCUUCCAGGGGAAAUUGGGCAGUUGACUCAGCUAAAGUUAUUAGAUUUGAGUAACUGUACUAAACUCAAAAUAAUUCCCCCAUGUGUCUUGGCAAAUAUGUCCAGAUUAGAGGAACUGUACCUGAGAAACAGCUUCCACGGAUGGGAGGUUGAGGAAAAUGAAAAUCAAAGGAAUGCGAGCCUUGCUGAGUUGAAGCAUUUGAAGAAAUUGACUAGUUUAGAGGUAUGCAUUCCUGAUAUUGGGAUGAUCCCAAAAGAUAUGUUCUUUGAAAAUUUGAAAAAAUUCAAAAUAUUCAUUGGGAGUAAGUGGGAAGACCAAUAUAGAUCCUUUGGAAGCUCAAGAAUAUUGAAGUUGCAUUUAAAUACAUCCAUUAAUGCUAACGAUUUAGUUAAAAUGUUGUUGAAGAAGACUGAAGAGCUACAUCUAAGGGAGUUGGCAGGUAUAGAGAAUGUGGUAGAUGAGUUAAAUACAGGAGGUUUUCCAGAUUCGAAGCGUCUCUAUGUCCGUAAUGCUCCAGAGGUUCAACAUAUCAUUAAAUCAGCGGAGGGGGUUUCUUUCAAUGCAUUUCCCAGCUUGGAAGUUGAAUUUCCAAACUUAGAGGAGUUGCAAUUAUCUUGGAUUAAUGUUAACAUCAUAUGGCAUGCUUCGAUGACAUCUUCUUAUUUUGAGAAAUUGACGAAGUUGAUCAUUGAGCACUGUGAUAAUUUGGAAUAUCUAUUCACAUCUCCUAUGGCUAGAGAUUUGGUAAUGCUUGAACACCUUCAAAUACAGGGAUGCAAGAAGAUGAGAAAGGUUCUUUUUACAGAGAAUGAAGAAGAAAAUAGGAAUUUGAUUUUCCCUCAAUUGAGGAUUCUAGAGAUAAAAAGCCUUCCAAAACUCGAAGGAUUUUGUCAUGGGAAUCGGAUCAAAUUCCCCUGCCUUUCGCGACUUUUGAUCAUGAGCUGCCCUGAAUUAAAGACAUUCAUCUCAUCAAGCUCUAGUGUUGACAAUUGUACACCUCCUCUAUUUGACAGGAAGGUGACAUUCCCCAAGCUUGAGGAACUAAUGAUUAAAUUUAUGGAAAACUUGGAGAAGAUAUGGGACAACCAACUUGAUGCAAGUUCUUUUUGCCAACUAAAUUAUCUUAGUGUGAAUUCAUGUAACAAGCUACUAAAUAUUUUUCCAUUUAGUAUGCUGGAAAGGCUUCAGAGACUAGAUAAGUUAGAGAUGUGGAGCUGUCAUUCACUUGAAGAGAUAUUUGAGUCUCAAGGGCUUGAUGUUGGCCAAUCACAAACUCAAAAAUUCACGCCACCAUCUUUGAUGGAAUCUGUUGCAAAGUUUGAGUUUCCAAAAUUGACACAGCUAGAUCUUUAUUUUCUGCCCAAAUUGAAGGCCUUAUGCCAUCAAAUGCAUACAGCUGAAUGGCCAUCAUUGAAAAAAUUGAAUGUGUGUGGAUGCAAACAAGUACAGAUAUUUGCUUCCGAACUCUCAAGCUUCCCAAGAACAAAUGGAGAUGACCAACUAGAAGUUGAUAGUAAAUAUUCCCUUUUCUGGACAGGCAAGUGUAGCGAAUUAAAGAAUUUAGUGCCAUCCUUCAUAUCCUUCAAGAAUUUGACAACUUUGGAAGUAUCUGCUUGUCAUAAACUCAUAAAUUUAAUUGAAUACUCAACAGCCAAAAGCAUGGUGCAACUCACAAGAAUGAGUAUAAGUGAAUGUUAUAUGUUAAAAGAAAUUGUGGCGUGUGUGGAUGACGAAGUGAAGGAUGGCAUUGUCUUUAGCCAACUGAAGUAUUUGCAACUUUGUGGUCUACCAAGAUUGGCAAGCUUUUGCUCGGGGAGUUGCGGCUUUGAAUUCGUAUCUUUGGAAGAAGUAACUGUAAUGGGUUGCCCAAAUAUGGAGAUCUUCUCUCACGGGGAAUGCAGCACCCCUAAAAAAUUGCAAUUGGUGAAAUUAACAAAAUAUAGAAAUGAUUGGUUUUGGGAAGGCAACCUUAAUAGCACCAUACAAAAGAUGUUCAUAGAAAAGGUUGGAUACCAUGGGUUGGAGAAUUUGAAGUUUUCUGAACUUCCUGAGGUGAUUGAAAUUUGGAAUCAGAAACCUCAAGAAAUCUUGCCUUUCAAAAGUCUUAAAUCUCUAGACGUUUGUAACUAUAACAAUUCGAAAUACCUUCUAACCUCUUCCAUGGCGUUGGGCCUUGUGCAACUCUAUAGUCUGAAAGUCAUAAACUGUGCCACGAUGGAGCAAGUGAUCACAGGAGAAGGAGCUGAGGAGAUGUUUCCUAAGCUAAACUCUAUUAAUUUAGAGUCUUGUGCCAACUUGAAAUAUUUCUAUGAGGGAAGUAGUAGGCUUGAGUUUCCACAGUUGAUCAAAAUUACCGUUGUUAACUGCCCAGUUUUUGCUGCUUUUACUUCUUCAUUUUCAAGUGACCAAAAGAAAGAGGUGACAAGUAAUGACACAGAAAGUGAAGAAAGGCUUGUCAUCCCUAUUCAACCUUUCUUCAGUGAUAAGGUUGUGUUACCAAACCUAGAGGAGCUGCAAUUACACUGGAUGAAUGUUAACAUUAAAUGGCACACUUCAAUAACAUAUUUAUGUGUGAGGAAACUAAAGAAAUUGAUCAUUCAAGGUUGUGAUAAUUUGGAGUACUUAUUCUCAUCAUCUAUAGCUAGAGGUCUAGUGAUGCUUGGUCAAGUUGAAAUAAGGGAAUGCAAGAGGAUGAGAAAGGUUAUUGUCACAGAGAAUGUAGAAGAAAAAGAGAAUUUAAUUUUUCCUCAAUUGAACUUCCUAUUGCUAAAAGACCUUCAAAACAUUGUUGGAUUCUACUCAGGGGAUUGUAUUGUUGAAUUCCCAUCCUUGAAGCAGCUGCAAGUAUUGAACUGCCCAGAGUUGGAAGGAUUCAUUGUUAAAUAUUUUGCAAGCGCAAAUGUCAUUGCCGACAAACAACCAUUCUUCAAUGAACAGGUUGCUUUUCCCAACUUGGAAAGUCUAACUCUCACCCACUUGAAAAACUUGGAUGUCAUAUGGCACAACCAAUUCCAUGCAGAUUCCUUUGGCAAACUAAAAUCAUUAACGGUUACAAAUUGUGAGAAGUUAUCCACUAUUUUUCCAUCUGCUGAUAUGCUGGGAAGAAUAUGGAAAUCUCUAGAGAAGUUAAUUAUAUAUUUUUGUGGCUCGCUAGAAGUGGUAUUUGGAAUUGCCGAGUUCAAUGUCAACCUAACACAUGCUAUAAUAGACACCAAGUUGAGAGAAUUGAAUAUUGGUGUUCUACCAAGAUUGAAGUAUGUGUGGAAUAAGGAUCCCCAAGGGAUACUCACUUUCCACAACCUGGAAUCAGUUGAUAUAGGAUUUUGUGAAAGACUCAAAAUUUUGUUUCCAGCUUCAAUAGGCAAAAGCCUUUCGCAACUUCAAAAGUUACAUUUAUUUAGGUGCGGGGUGGAGGAAAUUGUUACAAUGGGAGAACAGGGAAAUGAAGCAGUUGUUGACUUUGAAUUUCCUCAAGUGUCAAGUCUUAAGCUUGAGUGGCUACCAAGACUCCAAUGUUUCCAUCCAGGGAAGCACACGACAGCGUGGCCAAAAUUAAAAAAGUUCUACUUUUCCCUCUUCAAUCAAGUAAAGAGAACAGAUGGCGGUUGGCAACUAGAUUUCCCCAUACGACUACCACUUUUCUCCAUGGAGAAGGUCAUCCCUCAGUUGGAAGAAUUGUUACUAACAAGACAUGAAUUGCAAUUACUACAAAGAUUUUGCCACCUAGAAGAGCUUGUCGUGGAGUUUUGUAAUUUUAAAGGACUGUUCCCUUCAAAAGGAGAAAUUGAAGAACAAGAGAAACAUAUUGAAAUUGAGACACUCUCAAGGAUUAAAACAUUAAAUCUAAAGCACCUUCCAUAUCUCAGGCAUAUAUGGAGCUGUGACUCAUCAAUUGUUCUUCAAAAUCUUGAAACUCUUCAAGUUUCUAGGUGUGACAAUUUGAUUACCUUGUCAACAUCACCUGCCUUUUUCCAGAAUCUCGUAACUUUGAAUAUAAGCAGGUGUGAAAUAAUGGUAAACUUGGUUUCCAUCUCAAUAGCCCAAAGUCUAGUGCGGUUAGAAAGAUUGAUUGUGUCAUGGUGCUACAUGCUGACUAAAAUAGUUGGAAAUGAAGGAAAUGGAACCCAAGAUUUAAUCAUGAUCACUUUUACUAAAUUAAGAUUUUUGAAACUUGAAUGCUUGCCAAGAUUAGAAAGGUUUGGUUCAAGGAAUUUCACCUUCAAAUUUCCAUCUUUGAAAGAGUUAAUUGUGAUUCAGUCUCCCAAAUUGAUGAUCUUCAAUGAGGGUGACCUAAGCACACCACUACUGCAGAGAGUAGAAUUAAUUGAAAGAGAGGAGAAGUGGCGUUGGGAAAGUGACCUUAAUACCACCAUACAAAGAAUGUAUAUGGAGGAGGUUGGAUUUGCUGGGUUACAACUUUUGAUGCUGUCAAGUUUUCCCAAGUUGUUAGAAACAUGGCAUAUCAAGAAUCCUCAAGAACUCUUGGAUUUUAGACAACUUCGGGUGCUGGAAAUUUGUAAUUGUAGCAAGUUCAGGUACCUAUUAACGCAUUCAAUGGCCUUGGGCCUCGUGCAACUCUGGCAGUUAAUGGUAAAAAAUUGUGGAACAAUGGAACAAGUGAUAAUGGGAGAAGGAGCAAAAAAUAAAAUGGAAUUCCCACAUCUUUGGUUGAUCAAUCUAGAGUCUUGUUCAGAUUUGACAAGUUUCCAUGUAGAGACUCCUAACUUGGAGUUUUUGAGUUUGUCUUCAAAUAAUAUUCAACGAAUUUUGGACAACUCGAUUCUAGAAAUCUCUUCUUAUAUCCAAAAUUUAAGAAAGUUGUGUGUGGAGGGUUGUGGUAAUUUGGAAUAUCUCUUGACAUCCUCCAUGGUUAAGAGUUUUGAGCAACUGAAUUGGCUCAAGAUUUGUGAUUGUAAUAUGAUGGAAGAGGUAAUACAUGCAGAAGAAUCAAUGGAUGAGGAAAUUAUGUGCAAGAUUUUCUUCCCUAACCUGGAGUUCCUAUUGCUCCAAGACCUUCCAAAACUCACAAGAUUUUGUUCUGGAAAUUACUUGGAAUUACCAUGCCUUUGGAAACUUAAGAUAAGCAAGUGUCCUGUGCUGAAGACUUUCAUCUCUAGCUUCUUCUUUGGAGACAUGAUAGCUAGUUCUCAAAAUGUCAAAAACACUUAUACACUUUCUCUCUUUAAUGCAAAGGUGGCAUUUCCCAAAUUAGAGCGUUUGGUAAUUGAACAUGUAAAUAGCUUGAAUAAGAUAUGGAACGACCAGCUUGAAGUAGAUUCUUUUUGCCAACUAACUUUGGUGAGUGUGGUUUCAUGUGAAAAGUUAUUGAAUAUUUUCCCAUUUAGCAUGUUGGAAAGGCUUCAGAGACUAGACAAGCUCCAAAUAUGGAACUGUGAUUCACUUGAAGAGAUACUUGAGUCUCAUGAACCUGGUGUUAGCCAAUCACAAGCUCAAAAGGCCACUCCGCUACCUUUGUUGGAAACUGUCACAUGCUUGGAGGAUGAUGUGAAGGAUGAGAUUGUCUUUAGCAAACUCAAGUAUUUGCAACUUUGUAGUCUGCCUAGACUUUCAAGCUUUUGCUCGGUUAAAUGCAAGUUUGAGUUCCCUCUUUUGGAAGAGGUGAUUUUUUUGGAUUGUCCAAGUAUGCAGACUUUCUCUAUGGAUGAAAUAAGAACGCCAAAACUACAAAAGGCAAAAUUGACUAGAGAUGAAGAUGAAGGCUUUGGGGAUGGCAACCUAAACUUGACCGUACAACUACAGUUCAUACAAAAGAGUCAAGGUGAUUCUGAAAUUUGAGGUCAACGAAAUUGCGGCUCAUGUCCUUUCCAAGUGAAAUUUGAUGGUCUGAAUGGUGUACGCAUAAGUUGGAUGUGAAGUUGUCACAUUGCUUGGUGGCCAGAAUGUUACCUCACUAUCUAAAAUUGAUCCCUUUUUCUAUAAAAAAAAAAAACCGGAGCUUUUUUAUUUCUCAAACUCAUGUGCAACUUGUAAUAUGUAUUAUUAAAUUCAUGCAAAGACUUUAAAUUUAUGGGUUGUUUUAUAGUAUUAAAGAAAGAACGUCCUU